AUGAUGACGCAGCUCUUCCACCGGAUGAACAAGUCCGGCACCGGAUUCCUCACCGUGUCGGAGCUGGAGGAGACGAUGGAGUCGGUGGCAUCGAAGUGCCAAGUCUCCGAGAAGUGGGUCCGCGACACGCUCGCGGCGUUCGCCAUGGCCGUGCAGCAGUCGGGAACUGCCAUCAAGCACAUGAUUCCGCAGAAGCGUGUAACUCUGAUGCAGUUCAGGGAAUUAUUUCCUAAGUACGUUCCCAGCUUGCGGACGUCUCAGCUUGACCGCCUGUGGAAGUAUCUGCAGACUGAGGUGUCGAACGACAAUCCUCCCCGAGCUCACAGCGAGGAGUGGAACCACAUGGACGCUGACAGUUUUGCGGCCGUCUUCGGCCCGACGCUCGGCGCCGCUGCCGACACUGGCGACAAGUUCGAGAACAACCUCACGGUCGGGCGCCGUGGCAGCAUCGGGCGCGACAUGCUGGACGAGCUGGCCAGCCAUCUCCUGUCGCACGUCGGCGACGCAAAGCUGGACAUGUGCUUCGAGGCCCUCGACCCCUUCCUGACGCCAGAGCAUUUCCACGACCAGCUGAGGAGACCAAGUUCGGCCUGA